AUGUCGGAUAUCGCCUUUUGGAACGUGGCCCUGAUACUGUUCGCCGAUGUAGUACCCCGCAUGUAUCGUACGCAUCUCUGGCUCCCGUCCCUGAUACUGCUUACUCCGGAUGUGGACGCGGGCGAGGGUAUCUUACACAUCCCCGCUCUGGUCAAUGUUUCCGUACCAGGCUUUGUUGGGUAA